AAGUUAGGGGAUCUAAUUGGAAAAACAAAAAUGAUAGGGAUCAGUAUGCAAAAACACGGAAAACGAUUAAAAGGAAAGAAAAAUCUUUCUCGUCGGGGAUAGAGUGCCUCGCUCUCCUACUCACUUAAAGUUUGAGAAUGAUAAAGUUUCAACCUUUCAGCUUUGAGAGGCCUUUUUCCCUGUUAUUUUGCUUGAGAGACUGAUUUCCCAAUCUAUUAGGUGAUCUAUUGCAUAUUGGUUGUAUAAUUACUGGUUGGAACCUACAAAUGAUGCCAGCAUCAAUGUCAUCUCGGUUGCUCAUUUUUGGCGAGUCACUUCCCUUCCACAGAUUGUUGCACGUUUCUAGGAAAGCCUGGUUCCAUAGCAGUGUAUCUAUUCUGCAUCAGGCUGACAACCAUGGCCCCCUCACUCUUGCAAGCCUUGGGUUUAGAAGCAUUCAAGAAAGAAAAGAUGAAGGGAAACCAAAUAAAGUGAAGUUGUUGAAUUCUCAUACUGAAGUCUCAAAAAGCAAAGUGAAGGCAGUGAAAAAUAGUGCAAUUAAGUCAACUGGGAGGAAAAAACAGCUUGACAUAGAAUCAGCACCCUUUGCUGCUCAAUCAUUUUCUGAGCUUGGUCUUCCAGAUUCUUUAAUAGAUAGAUUAGAGAGUGAGGGUUUCAGGACUCCAACUGAUGUUCAGUCUGCAGCAAUUCCUACAAUUCUCAAAAACCAAGAUGUUGUAAUCCAGUCUUACACAGGUUCAGGGAAGACAUUGGCUUAUCUCCUCCCCAUACUUUCUGAGGUAGGCCCACUGAAGAAGAAACCUUUUGACAGAGAUGGUGAACCUGAUGAGAAAACAGACAUAGAAGCAGUGAUUGUGGCUCCUUCUAGGGAGUUAGCAAUGCAAAUAGUUAGAGAGGUUGAGAAAAUAUUAGGACAUGAAAACAGAAAAGCAGUUCAGCAGCUUGUAGGGGGUGCCAAUCGAUCAAGACAGGAAGAAGCCCUUAGGAAAAAUAGACCUUCCAUUGUUGUUGGCACACCUGGUCGGAUUUCUGAGAUUAGUGCUGCUGGGAAGCUUCAUACUCAUGGUGCCCGUUACUUGGUCUUAGAUGAAGUUGAUGAACUCCUUUCCUUUAACUUCCGGGAGGACAUGCACCGGAUAUUGGAACAUGUAGGUAGGAGAUCAGGUGCAGAUACAAAUAGGAAGAAAAGCUUGCUUUCUGGGAAGGCUAAUCGUCAAACUAUGUUGGUGUCAGCGACGGUACCAUUUUCAGUAAUAAGAGCAGCCAGAAGUUGGGGGCAGGAUCCAUUUCUUGUCCAAGCCAAAAAGGUCAUCCCACUUGAGUCCGUCCAACCAUCUGGUCCCAUUAAUUUAUCAAAGCCUAUGAGUGGUACUUUGCCGAGUCAUGCUGCAGUGGAGAGCUUACCUCCCUCAUUGAAACAUUAUCAUUGUGUCACAAAGUUACAACACAAGGUCGACGCAUUGAGAAGAUGUGUUCAUGCUCUUGAUGCCAAGUAUGUUAUAGCUUUCAUGAACAACACGAAGCAGCUAAAGGAUGCAGUUUUUAAGCUAGAGGCUCGUGGAAUGUCAGCGGCAGAGCUACAUGGAGAUCUUGGCAAGCUUGCUAGAUCAACAACUAUGAAAAAAUUCAAGAAUGGGGAAGUGAGAGUUCUGGUGACCAAUGAGCUAUCAGCAAGGGGUUUGGAUGUGGCCGAAUGUGAUCUUGUGGUUAAUUUGGAUUUACCCACAGACUCGAUCCACUAUGCGCAUCGUGCUGGUCGGACUGGUCGACUUGGCAGGAAAGGCACAGUUGUAACGGUAUGCGAGGGGCGGGAAGUUUUUGUUGUGAAGAAGUUGCAGAAGCAGCUUGGAAUUCCCAUUCCAGCUUGCGAGUUUGUAGAAGGCAAGCUUAUUGUCACCAAAGAUGACGAAGACAAAAACUCUCAAGCUCUGGAAACCUAAGACUUUAUCUGGGAUGGCCAUCAAAUUUUCCUUCAAUCUAUUCUUUUGUUGGUUCAAUCCAAUAGAGAUUUACUGAUAGCCUUAUCGAUAUUAGCUUCUGGGAAACUGCAAGUUAUUAAUCAAUACUUUUUAACUCUGAGAUAUACUGGUUGGACACUGACUUUCUUGCAUGCAUGUCCUAAAAAUUUCUUAAUUACUUGAACAGUGAGCUUUCUUUUGUUGA